AUGAAGCUACUUCUUGAUUCCGGUGCUGAUACCCACAUUGCCGAUCAAUUCUCCCAGUACACAGCACUACACACGGCCGUGUUGAAGUAUCCCCAUUUGCAACAGGAUGCUGUUCAUUUGCUGAUUGAAUACGGGGCCAAUCCGAAUGCUCAAAUUCGGCACGGUGCAACUCCGUUACAUUUGGUUGAUGCCGCCAAUCCAGCUUACGACUGUCGAUCUAUCGAGAUGGCCAGAAUCCUCCUUGAUCACGGUGCGGAUGUCAACGCACAGAACUGGGACGAACGAACACCAUUACACAUCGCAGCAUCUGGUGGUACGCAAGCAGAAACACUCGCUGCAAUGUAUCUCGCCCACAAUGCCAAUGUCAAUGCAACUGACUUUUAUGGGAUCACACCACUCCAUUUGGCAGUCUCGAAAAAAAAAUCACGCGCCAAUAUCCGAAUCGUAGAGCUGUUGUUGAAAUCGGGUGCUGAUGUGAAUGCGAGGUCCGUUAAGGGUCGGACACCUCUACAUUUGGCAGUUGAUGCUCACGCACCGAACGAAGUGUUCGAAUGGCUUUUCGAGCAUGGGGCAGACUGGAACAGUUCAAAUGGAGAAACCAGCCUUGAUACGCCGUUGAAAAAGAUGAAAGAACGCAUGGGGGAUACUAGGACGUCUUUUUGA